AUCGAAUGCUGCGUGUGCCUUGACCAGUUCCAACGAAGCGAGGUAACUCGUGUUGGCUGUGACCACGAAUACUGCCACGACUGCAUCAAGCAGCUCUUCACCAAGUCCCUCCACGAUGAAUCGCUGUUUCCACCGAAGUGCUGCGGCCAGGAGAUCCGGCUUGCACUCGUCGAGGACCUCUUGGGCGAGGAUGAGAUCGAAACAUUCCACCACCGCGAGAUUGAACAUACCACAGCCCACCGCGUAUACUGCGGGAACCGGGCGUGCGGCGCCUUCAUUCGACCGGAACUCAUCACAGGAGACAGGGCCCGUUGCACCGGGUGCCUCAACCUGACCUGUGCUCGAUGUAUGAACCCAUUCCACUUUGACGCCGACUGCCCUGAGGAUCCGGCCAUCCAAGCCACGCUGGCGCUCGCGGAGCAGGAAGGAUGGCGACGGUGUUACUCGUGCAAGGCAGUCGUGCAGCUUUCUCGGGGCUGCAAUCACAUGCGAUGUCGCUGUGGUGCACAGUUCUGUUACCGAUGCGGCGCGAAAUGGCGCACCUGUCACUGC